UUUGUGCUUGUUUUAAGGGGAAAGAAGAUGACGUCCAGCCGCAGGCAUCACCUGAAGAGCCUGAUCCUGCAGAUCGCUGCUCAGUGGCUGGAGCAGGAAACUGCCGACACAGCAGCUGCCAAGGAAGCUUACAUGGCAGAGACCUGUGCCGCCCCAGACCUGAGCGGAGACCUGGCUGCUCUGCAGGAAAUUGCCAAGAAGCUUGCCCAGGUUCUGGACAAGAUCGAUGAGGACAGAUAUGAUGCCGAGGCCAAGGUGGCAAAGACUGACAAAGAGAUCGAGGAUCUGAAGCUGAAGGUGGUGGAGCUGGCUGGCGUGAAGAAGCCCGCCCUGAAGAAGGUCCGCAUGUCCGCCGACGCCAUGCUGCAGGCUCUGCUGGGAGGCAAACACAAGGUCACCAUGGACCUGAGGUCCAACCUGAAGCAGGUCAAGAAGGAGGUCAAGGAGGAGGGCGCCGAGGCCGUCGGAGACUGGCGUAAGAACAUUGAGGACAAAGCUGACAGGAAGAAGAUGUUCGAGACUUCCUAAAGACUUUCACACUGUUCACUUCCUGCUGGAAGCUCUGCUCAUUGUUAC